AUGGUAGUCAUGGGUUCACCAAAGAAGAAGUCAGGCGGUCCUUUCAAAACAUUGAAGAAUUCAUUUCUACGAAAUAAAGGACAGAAUAUACAACUACAAUCUACAGAAAUCAAUAAUAUUGGACGUAGUAGUAAACGGAAGUCUGUACAAAGGACCACGCUUUUCCAACAUGAUUAUGUGAAGGUGCGAAGCUGGCCGUCUGACAACCCAAAAAGCAUUAAUGUGAUAUCGAACAAAGCUACUUUCGAGAUAUAUGAAAUCAACAUGGUUCAUUCAAAACAGCGCAUGAACUAUUUGAGUAUAGGAAAGAAAGAUCAAUUUGUGCAUCCAAUUUUACCUAAGCUGAAAGUCAAACGUUUAAUAACAAAUCCGACCGAACUAAAGGUAAUUAUUUCAUUAUUCAAUCCGCAAAGGUUCUGGGAAGUUACAUUUUUGGCAAAUGGAAAUGAGCCUUUGCCAAGUCAGACAUUGAUCAACUUUGAAAAUGUGAUGUCUAAGAUAUGCCAAUACGAAGAUGGUACGCAGGUCGUACUACCUUCUACAAAUACGAUAACAGAACCAGCAAACACAACUAGCGCAGAAACAUUCGACGAUAUUGAAGAAGAGGUCGAUGAUUUAGAAUUCCUUUUGUGGGAUCAUGUAUCAGAUCAGGGCGGAUUUUCGGAAAUUGGAAGCUUGGAACCAGACGAGUCUUCCACUAUGUCAACAACAAGCGUAGAGCAUUCAAUUGUUCCACCUGGGGAUGUAAUAAACAAAACUUUCAAACAAGCACUUGGCCGGAUAAAACCAUUCGAUUCGGGGAGUAGAGAAAACAAUUUGAGGUAUAAAAGGUUCAGUUCCUUCCACACAACUUUUGUUGAUGGGAAUGAUUGGAGGUUAGAAUUUAAAAAUUCUUAUCAUGACAACAGGCGAUCAAUCAGCGUACCAAUGAGUACUAAAUUCCAUAACGACAUGAGGAUCAACCAUAACAGUUCAGAUUCAGAUAAUACUAGCAACGUUGUUGAUUACAACAGUAUAAGUUGGAUGAACAUUUCAUGCGAGGAUAUUGGGGAUGCAUGA